AAACCCCCAGCUGCUAACCUCAGCUGCCAUCAAAAUGCGGGUGCUCAGACAGCUCCUCCUGCUGCCUCUCUUAGCUGCUCUGGCUUUGGCUGAAGACAACUCGAUAGAAUUCGUGGGUGUGCCUCGCUGCGGCGCUUCGUUUUCCGACCCCUCCAAAGCAUUUAAGAUAGGCCUCAAUUCAAAUGCAAACUGUGUCUGGCACAUUCAGAGAAGUGAAAAUCAAACAAUUAGGCUCAUCUUCUCCUAUUUUAAAUUUAAUCCUUCUUCAACCUGCGAAACAGAAAACAUUAAAGUCUAUGAUGGUCCCUCAUCUAAUUCAGCUCUUCUUGGACAAGUAUGUAACAACACCGACGCAGUCCCAGUGUUCCAAUCAUCUUCAAACAGCCUGACUUUUCUCGUUACAACAAACUCUGUGGCUUUCGCACGAAACUUCUUUGCCUUCUAUUACUUCUUCUCACCAGAAACAACAACUGAAAAUUGCGGGGGAAGCUUAACUGGUCCCAAUGGGACAUUUACCAGCCCCAACUACCCAGCAGCUUACCCUGCAUUUACAUACUGUGUCUGGCACAUACAAACAGCAAAAAACUCGAAGAUAAGCUUAGAGUUUCAGGAUUUUUUCCUGGAGCUAGAUCAAAACUGCCAGUUUGAUUUUCUGGCAGUCUACGAUGGCCUCACCACUAACACUGGCUUAAUUGGAAAAGCAUGCGGUGUUUCUCGACCCACGUUUGAAUCCUCUUCAAAUGCCAUGACAGUCGUGUUGUCUACAGACUAUGCCAACUCCUACAGAGGAUUCUCUGCUCGAUAUACCAGCAUUCUGCCAAGUCCCCCAGAGCCUGACACAUCCCUUAUAUGCUCCUCAGACAGAAUGACAAUUGUUCUGAGCAAGGCUUACCUGGAUUCACUUGGCUACAAUGAAACUCACCUACACCUGAACGACCCAUCCUGCAGGCCUGUUACAACAGAUCAAGUGAUCUUUUCCUUCCCAUUAAGCAGCUGUGGAACAAUUAAGAAGGAUGAAGGUCAGAGCAUCACUUACACCAACAUCAUAACUCUCUCUGAAAGUGGCAACAUCAUCACUCGCAAAAAGAUCGUACAGAUCACUGCAAAAUGCAUAAUGGAAAACAAUUCAACCCUAGAAGUCAUUUAUGUAACAGAAAACAAUAUAAUCCAGAACACAACCUCUGUGGGAAGAUACAAUGUUAGCAUGUCAUUCUAUGAUUCAGAUUCAUUCUCCAGCCCUGUACUUGAGUCCCCAUAUUAUGUGGAUUUGAACCAAACUCUUUUUGCUCAAGUCAGUCUUCAUUCCACUGACCCAGACCUUUUGGUGUUCAUUGAUACCUGCAUAACAUCACCACAACCUGAUUUUCGGUCAAUAACAUAUGACUUAAUCAGAAGUGGCUGUAACAAAGACAACACUGUGGUAACCUAUCCACCCCUGGAGCACUAUGGAAGAUUCAAAUUUAAUGCCUUCAGGUUCCUGAGAAGCGCUCCAUCAGUUUAUCUCCAGUGUGAUAUUUUAAUUUGUGACAGCAACAACGUGAACUCUCGCUGUACCAAAGGCUGUGUCUCCAGGCAAAAGAGAGAUACUUCUUCAUACAGCUGGAAAACCAAGGCUGUAGUAGGUCCUAUCCGCCUGAAACGAGAUCGCAGGGCUGCUGAUCAUCUAGAAUCCCUCACAAGGACAGAGGCUGAAGAAGCCCCAAACCUGCAACGCUACAGCUUCUACACUCUUUCAUUUGUGGUUUUGGCUUCAAAUAUUAUCAUUGUGGUAGCUGUGAUACUAAAACAUCAUAUCAAAUGCCAAUCAGGAUAUGGCUACCAAAAAAUCCAAAGUUCAUAUUAACCAUUUGUCAGUGUGGUGAAUUUGUGACGACUUCAGAUUGAUCACUCAAAGAGGGGAGAGGGGAAAAACAAACAAACAAACAAACAGUCCUGGAAUGCAACAAGACUUGGAAACACACUUCAAUCUUUUUAAUUAUUAAAAAAAAAAAAAUACAGAAAAAACAGACUCCUCAACCUAGAGGUGCAUCUUAAAUCAUUGAGUUAGAACACUGCUGUCUAUUCUAGGGUUUUUGUUUAGAAAACAUCUAAAACACUAACUUUAGAUGUAAUUUUACACAUCUGAAGUAUGAGAUAAUUUCAGUCCUUAUUAAAAAAACAACUCUGUACAUUUUCAAAUCAUUUUGAAACUGCACUUCACAUGAGUUAAGCUGAGGGACAACUGUGAGAUACCUGUUCUACACAAACUGUCCUGUCUUUGCAAUCUACUUUUGUGGGUUGCUGAUGGUCUUCAAGAGACACCAGUUUUCUUGUACUUGCCUACUAUGUUCCCCUUCUUGCCAACACUUGCUGCCCCAUCUACAGCUUUUGCUCAAAGCACUUUAAGACACUGAAUAUAACCAAUAUCUGUCAAAGUUAGGAGUCCAUGUACAGGCAAAGUUAAAUGGUGCACCUCAGAUUUUGAAGAGCAAUAAACAGAAUGAAGUAUGAAGACUGACCUUCCAAUAAAGAGGGACUUUGAGCCAUUUCUACCUCCUCAAAUGACAGCAGAUCAGAUCCCAACAAGUUACAGUAAAUACAACGCAAUAAGGCUAUUUCUUUGGCCUCAAGUGCCAAAACGCAGCAGAUCCUACCCCAGCACAUUCUACUUGGCCAAGGAGAUCCCCUUGGGAAGAAGCUGCAUGGAUUGUUCCUGCAUGGAUUGAUUAAUUUAGGGAGGAAAAAGUAUAACAGUCUUGCUUUAGGGAUCAUUUACGGAGCCUAUAUUCCUAACGUGGGUGCCUGUAGAACCAGGAAGAAUUUCAAAGAGCGCAGGUUGCAACUUCUCCCUCUCUAUGCCUGAUUUUUACACAGCUUAAAUUAAGCAGUGCAGGUACUACCAUUUCUUUUACAGAUGGAGUAAUAAACAGUUUUGUCAGGAGUCCCGUUAAAAUAAA